CUAACAGCUGCAAAUACGCAGAUCGCGUUCUUUCCGGCCUUGUCAGCGGAGGUGCAAGUUGGUGCACUCCGCCCGAUCAUCGAGAAGUACACGAAGAUCACGGAGCUGGAGCUGCGUUGCAUUCCGGCUGCCGAGCGAUGCGCCAUCUUUGAGAAGAUGAAGCGCGGCGCCCUCCCUGACAGAUUCGCCGACGCUGUUCGUGAAAUGGCAAGUCCGAAGAAACGCGUUGCAGGCGAAGGAGGUCUAGAUGAACUUGCUGAGCAUGCGGCACCGAAGAAGCGCGUCGUCGAGAAGGGUGAUGACAAGACUGGCCGCCCGGAGGGCCUUUCAACCAAGCACACCUCCGGCAAUUCGCGCCAGACUCCAACUCACGGGUACGUCCUCGAG